AUGAAGGAAGGAAUGAAAUCCAAAAUCAAAGCAGAUAAAAUUAAACCACUUGCAACACCAAAACCUCCAACGACAGUACCGCCUCCUCCUUCAGUUAAUCCUUCAUCAUUCACUUUAUUAUAUCCAUUUCAAACAUUAAAGAAGCAAAAAGAUUUUAAAAAGGAUUUCAAGAUAUUAAAUAAACCAAUUGACCCAAAAAUUCAACCGUUAAAGGAAAAAUUUAGUCGCCCUUCAUUUGCACCAUAUCCAUAUUCAUACGAAAUCGAUCAUCUGGAAUCUUCAAAAGGAAACGUUACUUAUUUAUUUGCCAUUAACAUUAACACUAGAUAUUUAUAUUGCAUUCCGGUGAAAGGGAAAACAGAACAGGAAACAAGAAGAGCUAUACAAUACUUACUAGAUCAUGAAAGAGUAGAUAAUAUCAGGGGUGAUGGUGAUAAAGGAUUUCAGGCAGCUAUGACUCAUUAUUUCCCACAAAUUAAUUUUUUCUUCUCAUCCUCUCCAUAUACGUUUCAUAAUAAAAUAGUUGAUGCGGUAAUGAGAACUCUUAGAGAUGCGUUAGGGGUUAACGGUCAGAUAUACUGGGAUGGAAAUCAUGACUCCAUCAUACAACAGUUAGUAUAUUAUUACAAUAAUACAUGGCAUAGAACUAUAAACAUGAAACCAGUGGAAAUGAAAAAUGAUAUUUCAAAAGAAUGGGAAUAUAUUAGAAAGCAAAUGGAAAGGUUAAAUGAUGUUAAACGUGAACAAAUUAAUUUGGGGCUCAUGAAUUUUAAACAAGGGGAUAAAGUUUUGAUUCAUCUCGAUUAUGGAAAAACUAAUAAAUCAAUGACAAAAAGAAGACGAAGAUUUGACACAAUAGCUGAAUUUGUUAGAUAUAUUAACGGCAAUGCAUUAGUUGAAGUUGACAAUAAAUUAAUAGAAAUUCCGAUUUAUUUUAUUACUCCAUUAUAUUUAAAUAAUAUUUAA